AUGUCUUCAAAUAAUGGGAAUAAUAAUAAUCACAACAACAACAACAAUAAUAUGAACAAUAAUUAUCGACAGCACGAACAACAAAAUCAUUUUCAACCUCCUUUGAUUUUAAAUAGACAACAAAGACCAGAAUUACCUCCUAUAUUACCACCUUUACAUCAACAGUUGCAACCAACAAGUUAUCAUAAUCCUCUACCUCAUCAAAUACAUCCAAAUCAUAAUCAAUAUUCUCCUCAUCACCACCAUCAGCAGUUGCAACUACAGCAACAACAACAACAACAACAACAGCAACAGCAACAGCAACAGCAACAACAGCAACAACAAGUAGUGCAAGGACCAAUGGCUCCGAAUAAUAUUCAAUCUAUUCCACACCAACAAAUUAGGCCUUACUCCCAAAAUAUACCUCAACAACCACAUCCUGACCCAUAUGUAAUGGAAUCUAAAUUGAAAGAAAGAAAAAGUCGAAGAACGCAUAAAAAUUCAAGAGAUGGAUGUCCGAAUUGUAAGCAAAAAAGAAUUAAAUGUACUGAAGAAUUACCAUCUUGUCAUAAUUGUGUUAAAAAGAAUUAUAGAUGUGGAUAUUUAGAUUUUCCUGAAGAUAAAUUGGAUAAAAUAAGAAGAAAAAAUCAGAAAAAGGAUAUGGAAGAAGGAACAAUUACUACAGUCAAUGAAACUUCUUCUUUUACUGCUACAAAUUUUGAAUACAAUAAUACUAAUUAUUUGAUGGGUAAAGUUGAAGGUGUUUAUAACAUACCGAGGCAGGAAAGUUUGAUACAUAGUAGACAAAAUUCAAUUAUAAAGAGUCCUAAUGGAAGUUUUGCGUCACUACAGCAGCAUCAACAAUUAUAUCAACAACAUCAACAAAAUCCUCAACAGCAGUAUCAACAAACCCCAUAUUAUCAUCCUUAUCAAUCGCAUUUGCAACAACCUUAUCACUCACAACCACAAACAAUACCGCAUUUACAACAAAUACACUCUCAAAGUCCAACAAAUAACAACAACAUAAAAGGUGUAACUUCAAAUACUUCCACGAUCAAUCCCACUGGCUCACUCAAUUCGACAGUGGUUCCACAAGGUAGUUCCACUUUAGAUAAACCAAAUGAUUCUGUUAUUGAUUCUGAAUUAUUGGAAAAUCAACGUUCAACUCAAAAAGUGAAAGAAUCCUUGAAAGAAUCUCAAGACCUAGAAAAUGUAGAUGUGAAUUUACAGUAUUCCCAACAACCAUCUAACUCAACGCUGAAAGUGAAGACAGAAGAUGGAGCAACGGUUGCAUCUAAUACAAACAUAUUGUACGUUGGAUCUGAUAAGAAAAAAUCAACUGACUUUUUAAAAAAUAAUGGGAAAUUACCUGUAUCAUUAUUAAAUCCAGAAUCUCCUGAAUUGUUUGCCAACAUUGGUCCCAUUAUAACUCCUCCGGUGAAUAGUCAAUCAAUAUCUUCAUUGGACUCUUCCCCAUAUUCGGAAACUCCAAAUAAUGCAAUUCAGUUAUUUUCAAAUUAUGAAGCUUCUUAUAUUCCAAAUCAAAAUGGUACUACCAAAUCUCCACCGAAUAUUUUUAAUAUCAACAAGGAACAAGAUAUCGAAUCACUUUUGGAAUUACCCAUGAUGGAUCAAGAUUUAAACUUGGCCGUCUACAAGGACUCCAUUAAGAAAUUUUCAACUUCUCGUCAUGAAUUACAGUUUUCAAAAAGUUAUAUGGAGUAUGACUCUCCAGUUACAAAUAGAGGGAAGAAGAAUUUGAAUCAAGCAUAUAUUGAUGGUGAAUUUGAUGCAGCUAUAGGCAAAGCUAAUGUUGAUUCAGAUACUCAAUCAGUCGAUAGUUUUGAACAAUCUCAAGCUAUCUUUGCUCAACAUUUUGGUAUUGACAUUUAUCAAAAAAAUUCUGAUCAUAGUUAUGACUCACUAGAUGGAGCAAAUAUUGGAAGACCUUUAGCUAAUGCUAUAAUCAAACCUACCACAUUCAGACUAUUACAUUAUACAGACCAUUUCAAGCCUUUGUUUUCAAAAAAUAAAACGAAAUAUAAAUUUAAUAUGCCUUUACUGCAGGCUCAUCCGGAUUGGUCGAGACAAAAUAGUAAAGAAUUAUGGGGUUAUGUUUAUGCUAAAGCUAUGAAUUUGGAAAAUAUUUUCUUCUCUUUCUUCAUUGAUAGAGCAUUAAAUGUAAUUUUAAAAGUUAGUAAUCAUUCAAUCAAAUCUGCUAGUAGUGUAACUUGUUUUACACCAGAAAUUCAUCAAGUUUUGACCAAAAAAUCAUUUUAUUAUUUCGGGAAACUUAUAAAGGAAUUACGAGAAUCAGUUGGAAGUUCAGAAAUUGAAAGUACAACUGUUUUGUCUUGGUACGCUGGUUGGUCAUUGUUUAUACACUCCCAAGCAAGUGCAAAAGCUGGUAUUUUGUUUCAUGCCGGAUCAGCGUCACUAUUAUGGAAUUGUUUAAAUGAAUAUAAAAUCAUACAAAAUGUUGAACCAUCUAUACAUUUCAUAUUGCAUGCUUUAAGAAAUCAUACAUCUGCUUGUAUGAUUCCAGACUAUAAGUUUGAUGUAAUUUUGGAGUUAAGUGAGAAUUUUUCAAUUUUUAAGAAAUUUAUUAAUUAUAAUACAAACUUGACUUCACAAAGUAAUGGAUAUAUUGUGAGGCAUUUCAUUGAAUUUGAAAAUUUUUUGAAAGAUUUAAUUGAAAACUUAUAUCCAAGGUUCUUAUAUAUUGAUCAAUUCUACAAGUCAAAAAAUAAUCUUCAUGGUCAUUCACAGAGUAUCAAAUAUUUUUCUCCUUCAUUGUUUUAUGAGUUGAUAAAUAAAUGGCUUACCAUAAUUCCAAGUCAUGCUAUAUCUAUUGGGAGAGAUAUGACACCUUUAAAAAGAUCAUUUUAUUUAUUUUAUAUCGCUGUUGCCAAAGCCUUGGCUAAUGUUUUUCCAAUCAUUAGAGGUACAUUCUUGGUUGAUACUUGGAAUAUUGUUUUCCCACAUUUUGAUUAUGAUUAUAACAUCUUUAAGUUUCUGAGAACUGAAAUACCUGAUGAAACUCAAUAUUAUUUUCUUUCAAAUUUAGCUGCUAAAUUAGUUAGAGUCAUUAAAUUUUUCAAUUCAAGACAACAAAUACUUUCACAUUACUUAUCUGCUGAUACUGUUUUAAAACCUGGUGAAAAAUAUAUUGAAUCAAUUAAGUCAGAACAUGAUAUUAAUAAAGAAUCUAUUAAGGAUAUUGCAAUGUUGAAACAUGCUAAAAUAGAUUUUAAAGAAGUAAUGAUAACUAAUUUUACAAUCAACACUAUUGUUAAUAUUUACAAUUACCCAGUAUUAAUUGAAUUUUGUAAUCAUAUAAGUUCCAAAACUAAUACCUUUAAAAAAUUAAUUGAACAUGAAAAUCAUAGUCAAAAAGUUAGAAUACAACAAUAUAGAACAAAAUAUGAAGGUUCGAGAAAUCAACAGCAAAAUAAUGAAGAAGUAAAAGAAGAAUAUUUAACUAAUAUAAAUCAUGCAUAUGAUUUUGAUUUUAAUAGAGGAAUGUUUUCAUUUGAUUAUAGAGUUGAACCAGCCUUAAAAUUUUUAUUUGAUUAUUUAAAAACUUCAAAUUCAUCAAAAUUAUUCACGGUGGAUGAUUUCAAAAGUCAAGCUAUUAAUUUUGAAGCAUCUCAAAAAGAAAUGUUUACUAAUACAUAA